CCCAUAUUAGGUAACAAAAUCACUGGGUCAGCUUGAGCAACCGUCUGCUUAAAGGCGGAGACAAUUGAGUGGCCGAUCCCCUUUCGCCCUACGACCUGAAAGAGCGAACAGCCUGCACUUGCAAUAUUCAACUUGUAUUUAAAAGGUUCCAGACCAAAAUGGCCCACAAACCGCUUCUGUCCCUGCCCGAGUUUCAGAACGUAUCAACUGGAACUUUCGUGGUGAAAGAGCCACUGAAUUUCUGGGGAGGAGCUAGAGUGAAGCCGAAAGAUAAGAAGAACUCCGAGCCAGUAUACGAACCUGCAACGGGUCGUGUGUUGUGUGAUAUGAUUCCAUGCGGAGAGGAGGAGGUUGACCAGGCCAUCAAAAGUGCUCAUUCAGCAUACCUCAAGUGGCGUAAACUAUCUGGCAUGGAGCGGGCCAGGAUCAUGCUUGAGGCUGCCAGAAUUAUUAGGGAGCGCAGAGAAGAAAUUGCUAGAGUGGAAGUGAUCAACAAUGGCAAAUCCAUUUCUGAAGCUGUAGUGGAUAUUGACAUUGCUUGGCAGUGUAUUGAGUACUAUGCUGGCAUCGCCCCUACACUGACAGGCCAGCAUAUACAGCUUCCAGGGGGCUCUUUUGCCUACACCCGAAGGGAGCCACUGGGUGUGUGUGUCGGCAUAGGAGCCUGGAACUACCCCUUCCAGAUAGCUGCCUGGAAGUCAGCCCCAGCAAUGGCCUGUGGCAAUGCCAUGGUGUUUAAACCAUCACCCAUGGCCCCAGUGACAGCAGUCAUUUUGGCAGAGAUCUAUAAAGAGGCAGGAGUUCCAGAUGGACUCUUUAACGUGGUACAAGGAGCAGCUGAGACUGGCGGACUGCUGUGUCACCAUCCCAUGGUGGCCAAAGUCUCAUUCACUGGCAGUGUUCCCACUGGAAAGAAGGUUAUGGAGAUGGCAGCGAAGGGUGUAAAACAGGUCACUCUAGAGCUCGGAGGCAAAUCACCUUUGAUCAUCUUUAAGGACUGUGACCUGGAGAAUGCAAUCAAAGGGGCCCUCAUGGCCAACUUCCUUACCCAAGGACAGGUGUGCUGCAAUGGAACACGGGUGUUUGUGCAAAGAGAGAUCAUGCCACAGUUCCUGGAAGAAGUGGUAAAGAGGACCAAAGCCAUCCCUUUGGGAGAUCCAAUGCUUCAAGGGACACGCAUGGGUGCUCUUAUUAGUAAACCGCAAAUGGAAAAAGUGCUAGGCUUCAUCAACCAAGCUAAAGAACAGGGUGCAAAGGUGUUGUGUGGAGGAGAACGAUUUGUUCCCAGUGAUUCCAAACUGAAAGAUGGAUACUUCUUAUCCCCAUGUGUUCUUGACAACUGCAGGGAUGACAUGACCUGUGUAAAGGAGGAGAUCUUUGGCCCUGUGAUGUCUGUUUUGCCUUUUGACACAGAGGAAGAGGUUCUUCAAAGAGCUAACAACACAACAUUUGGCCUGGCAUCUGGAGUAUUCACCAGAGAUAUAGCUCGUGCCCACAGAGUGGCUGAAAACCUUCAGGCCGGAACAUGCUUCAUCAACAACUACAAUGUCAGCCCUGUUGAGGUUCCUUUUGGAGGCUACAAGAUGUCAGGCUUUGGAAGAGAGAAUGGCCAAGUGACCAUUGAAUACUACACUCAGCUUAAGACCGUAGUGGUGGAAAUGGGAGACGUGGAAAGCAUCUUUUAGUCUGUUUAGGCUAUCCACCAGCAUUCCUUACGGCAAUGUGAUUUAGCUCUUUCUGUGAAGUUUGGGACCUAGCAUAUUUUAAGGACAUUUUGAAUUGGGACAACUAAUGGGCCUUGACUAGUGUAGCCAUUUUGUAGAAAUUGUAGAAUGUUAUUUUAAACACUAGCAGUCCCCGUGACCAUCCAUAUUUCUGUACCUUUCCAGUUUGAGAAUUCCAUAAAUUGAGUUAGUAGAUUUCCAACAUGUGAGAGAUCUUAAAUAGGCUUAACUGUUGUUAUCUAUGUAUGUUUUUCAGUGUUGUGAAACAUAGUGUUUGACAAAUGGUGUCAUAAAACAGGUAAAAAGUGCCUUCCAGUAUCUACCUAACAAUAAUUACAUUUUAUGAUAGAAGACUUAGGUGGACUUAAGAAGUAUACAAGUGGAAAAUUGUAUUAUUUUACUUUUAUUUUACGAUUGUGUUCUCUACUAGGUGAAAUGUUGUAGAUGUUUUUGGCAUCGCAGGCAUGAACAACUUUGAUAUCAACGAUGUUUGAAAACAUUAAGAAGUAUGCUUAUAUUAUUUGCUUCUCAGAAAAACUAGGAUAUUAAAACUGAAUCCCACAUGAUGAUAUUUUUAUUAAACAUAUUCUUUCUUCUCUGACAUCCACAUGUUACUUCAGU